AUAAACAAAAAAGGGAAAAUUUAGCGAACAUUUGUAUAAUUUAUUUUCUCUAAACGCUAAAAACAUGCUGCGCCGAAAAACUGGCCCCGAAACGUGCGCGCCGAACUGAGGUGUAUUCGCUGAUACUAUAAAAGCUCGUUCUUUUUGCUUGCAUCAUCUUCAAAUCAACUCGACUACUGCUACUUUCUUGGCAACGCUUCUCCUGUUAUUCGACCAUCGUUCGCUAUUCAAUCCGCAAGGUAACAGCGUCAUGAAGAGGCUCGAUUGUAAGGCUCUUCACUACCAAUGGGGCAGAAAAGGCGCUGAAAGCACUGUGGCCCAGCUGCGAAAGGAUACAAUUGAGGAGGACGAGUUUUAUGCGGAGUUGUGGAUGGGCACGCAUGCAAGAGGACCAUCGCAAGUGAAAGAAGGUGAAGCACGGAUUCCGUUGGCGGACUACUUCAGGGAUCAUCCGGAUGUUCUCGGGCAACACGAAAGGGAUGGCGUCGGUCUUCAGUUCCUGCUCAAAGUGCUCUCUGUUGGCAAAUGCUUGUCUUUGCAGUUGCAUCCAACGCGGGAACAAGCCAGAGAACUCCAUGCCGCUGAUCAAACCAAUUAUCCAGAUGCCAACCACAAACCGGAGCUGACGAUCGCUCUAACGAAUUUCGAGAUUCUCUGCGGAUUCCAGAUGCCGGACACAAUUCUCAACAACCUUCGCUCACAUGAGGCACUUGUUGAAUUGUUAGGUGAAACGGUGUUGUCAAGUUUCGGCGCGACUACAGACGAGGAGGAGAAGAAGGGUGCAUUAAAGAAUAUCUUCACACAGAUCUGGACUAUUCCGCCAGAAGAGAUUGGGACUUUGCUCACAAAACUUCUUUCGGACAUCUUUCUGAAGGAACAACGGUCACAAACAGACGAAUUGAUUAUGGGUCUCAGCGAACAUUUUCCUGAAGACAUUGGGAUUCUGGCGCCGCUCUUCCUUAACUACGUCAAGCUCAAACCUGGACAAGCGACAUUUCUCGGACCAAACGAACCACAUUCAUAUUUGUCUGGAGAUUGCAUUGAAUGUAUGGCUCAAUCCGACAACACUGUUCGCGCUGGACUCACGCCAAAAUUCAAAAACGUCCCCUUGUUCUGUGAGAACCUCACCUACCGAAUGGGAGGGCCGCCCAUUUUUGAGCCACAACAUCUGGCUGACGGUGUAGAUGAAUAUUCGCCUGAAGUACAAGAAUUUUCAGUCCACAAACUGAAUAAGGAAGUCUCUGUGGUCCAGCCAAUCGCCGCUGCUUCAAUCUUGAUAGUCGUCAACGGUUCUGCCACAAUACUCCCAAAUGAAGGCAAUGAGGAAAAGAUUGAAAAGGGUGAUGUCCUUCUUUUGCCGCAGCAACUUGGAGCUAAACUGAAUGAAAAGAGUGACGAUUUCUUGGUAUUUCGGGCUUACACACCGCCGCCAAAAGAGAAGUAA